AAAUGACAUGAUUCCUUGUGACAACACUGUUCGUAAGAAAGAAGGAUACAAACAAGUGAACAAGUUUAAAGUUUGAGGUGGUUACUCUACUAGUUAAAACCAUGUAUAGUAAUGUUCAAUCAGUUGGGCAUGCUGAGGCUAGUCCACUGCAUUCUCCCCAUCUCCAUUCUUCUCCUAGAAUAGACCGCCAUCAGAUAAAUUCUGGAAGAAGAGGCAGCGAGUGCACAGGUAGUAGAAAGACCCUUUCUAUGGAGAACAUUCAAUCCUUCAAUGCUGCAUAUGCAUCUGGCCCUUUCUACAUGAGUGAUCAUGAGGCUCUAGCCUCUCCUACAUAUCCAAAAGGCACGAUGACAUUAGGUCGCACCACAAGCCGAGGGAAAGCUGCACUUAUGGGCAGUAGUAAUAACAUCAGCUCGUCCUUAAGGCAUCUUCAUUUAGAUUCUGUAGCAUAUCGAGAUCAUGGAAACAUGCACCUCCUCUCACAGCAACAGUGGCCUUCUUCACCACUGUUAAGACAAGCAGUGCAAGGUGUGGCCAGAAGAGAAGGAAAUCCCCUGAUAGAGAACCUAAGGGAAUUAAAAUUAAAUAACUCAAUGUUCCGGAGAGAGCAAGAUGUGAGAGACAGCACAGUCGGCAGUAUGAAAACCUUAUGGAGUCCUGAAUUAAAAAAGAAGCAAGGGAUGAAAAAGGAGAGUGUGGCAAAGACAUCCAUGGUGAAGGACAAGAUGAGUGUAAUCAAGGACAAGAACCAGCACCUACAGAUGACCAUCCAGGCUUUACAGGAAGAGCUUUGUACCCAGAGACACUUGAAUGAGCUUCUGCAACAAGACAACAAUGCAGGCUCAUUAGGUUCACCUCCUGAUUGUUUCUCUUGCCUGGAGCUCACUGAAGACAAUGUCCGGUAUCUCCAAGCUGAGCAUGAGCAGCAAACCAAGGAACUUUUCCUUCUUAAGAAAACUGUGGAGGAAAUGGAGCAGCACAUGAAAAAACAGAAGCAGAUGCUGAGCUCCCGGGACGAAUCCAUCAAAAAGAUGUUAGAGAUGCUACAGGAAAAGGGUAUCAGCUGGUCUCAGCUGCCUGAUAAAGAGGGACUGAGGGUGUGCUGUCCUGAGGAUGCACCUUGUCACCUGGGGGAUGUCCUAGAGCAGAAAGACCAGGACAACAAAAAUCUGAGAGCGAUUGAUCAGCUGAAGCAGGACUUAUCAAAAAAAGAGUCAGAGAUGCUGGCCCUGCAGACUCAACUGGAAACUUUAACCAAUCAGAAUUCAGACUGUAAGCAGCACAUUGAAGUCUUAAAAGAGUCCCUUACAGCAAAGGAGCAAAGAUCGAAUAUCAUGCAGACAGAGGUUGAUGCCCUGAGGUUGCGUCUGGAGGAAAAAGAGUCAUUCCUGAAUAAAAAGACUAAGCAGCUUCAGGAUGUAACGGACGAGAAAGGCACCCUGAUUGGUGAAAUACGUGACUUAAAGGACAUGCUGGAGGUGAAAGAGCGCAAGAUCAUUGUGUUGCAGAAGAAGGCUGAAAAUCUGCAAGAUCAGCUGAAGGAUAAGGAUAAGCAGUUGGGAUGUUUGAAGGAUAGAGUGAAAUCUCUACAGACUGACUCCAGUAACACAGACACAGCCCUUGUCACUCUUGAGGAAGCACUCUCUGAAAAGGAGAGGGUGAUAGAGCAGCUCAAAGAGAAGAGAGAGAAAGAGGAGUGGGAGAAGCAUGGUGAAAUGGAAGUCUGUUACAAGGAGAACAAGGAGCUGAAGGACAAAAUUGCUUCCUUGCAGACACAACUCUUGGAGAAAGAGAGGCUGCUGAAAGGGAAAGCAUUGGCCCGUGAAAGAGAAGAGUCGCCACAGAUGAAUUCGGAAAUUUCAGAUCGAAUUAAGGUCCUUGAAAAAGAGAUGACCUUCCAUAAGGAACAAUCUGGAAAAUCUAAGGCAGAGGUGGACAGACUUUUGGGAGUUCUUAAAGAGUUGGAAUCAGAGCGAACUGAAAAGGACAAGGCAAUCUCAGAGCUAGAGAGGCAAGUGAAGGAACGAAGUAAUAUAAACCUGUCAAGUGCAGAAAAAAAUCAAAUGGGAGAAACAAGACACCCUGAUGCAGUACCUGAGGCUCAUAUUACCCAAGAUUCAGUUCAAGAGACGGCUGAGAAAAUCAAAGAGAUGGAGAAAGCUCUGCGAGAGAGCAUGAACAGGUGUACUCAUAGAGAAGCUUUGUGGGUACAGGAGGAGCAGGCACAUGCUCUAGCACAGAGACAGCUGGAAGACCUGAUGGCUGCUUUAGAGAAAACACGACAAGAGCUGGAUGUGACUAAGCAGCAGCUAUCCUCCACACAAAACUGUCUUGCUGAGAGAGAAAGUCACCUGAGCAGCAUGAGGCAAGAGCGUCGAAAACAACUAGAGGACAUUCUAGAAAUGAAGCAACAAGCCCUGCUGGCAGCCAUCAGCGAAAAAGAUGCUAACAUAGCUCUGCUAGAACUUUCUACUCCCAAAAAGAAGACAUGCCAAGAGGAGGUGAUGGCUUUGAAAAGAGAAAAGGACAGGCUGAUGUAUCAACUCAAACAGCAGACCCAAAGUAGGAUGAAGCUCAUUGCUGAGAAUUAUGAAGAUGGUAAUUUUUAUCCUCAUCAUCCACACCACAGUCACCCUGGACACACUCACUAUAAUAGACCAUCAAGAGGACUGCCAAGUCACAGCAAUCCUCAACCUGAGCAACCUGAGCAGGAUGAUGAAGAGGGCAUCUGGGCAUGAUUUUUAGUCUGGCCUGGGCUGCUGCUCCUGUUCUUUUCAAAAGGGUCUCUAUUUGCAAGGAAUGUGGGAAAAUCUAAUCACUGACAUCUGCUGUUCUUCUCAUCAGUUGCUCCUCUUAUUCUUCCUCUCUGAAGCUCAUCACUAGUUGUACUGUGAAUUGGACCCUGUCAGCACCAUCACUACAAUU